GAGAUUGUGAGAGCGAGCGAGCGAGCGAGAGACAGAGAGACUGAGAAAGCGUACACUGCAGAGACCUCAGACUACAGGCACGGAGACAGCACACACUACAGAGAAAUACAACUCAAAGAGUGGCUAUCUCUACUCUUAUGAGCACCGAGGAAUAACCGCAGAAGGGAUUUUAUCUCAGAAAACUUUCCCGGUUUGUGGUUCACGGUUCUGGGGGAAGUGAGCGGACUGGACCAUGCUGUCGGCUGGUUCUGACAGAUUCGGUGUGAGGAGGGUCCUGUCUCUCUCGUUUCUGGUCUGGGGAGUCGGGCUGGCUCAACUGGGAGCUGGAGAGUUGGAAGGGGGCCCUGUGCCUUCGAGGGGGCCUCCAGCCGGGGGGGCUGCAGAGACACUCCGCAGCGCGCUGGCCAGUGGCGGGGGGGCCCUGUCCCGCAGGCAGGAGCUGCUGGAGUCGGUGCUCCUCCCAGGGGGAGCGAGCUGGCGGAAACCCCUCUCCCAGAAACAGAUCAACGCGGCCCGCAAGAGGCUCCGGCUCCAGACCACCACAGUACCCCUGCCCCGCCCCUCCCUGGAGCCCCUCCCCUCACACCCUCCCCCCGCCUCCCUGCCUCCGCCCACCAACCCCCCCGCCACGCACAGGCCCCGCCUCCUGGGGGACACCAUCGCCAUGACGACGGAGGCCAAGCCCACCAGUGGGAACCCUCCCAGUCCUACCCUCUCCUCCCCCUCACUUCAGAUCAGCCCCUACACCUCCCCCCCUGACCCCCCCACCCUGCACACCAAUCCGCCCCAGCCAAGCAGUGCAGCACCCUCCUGGGGUCUGCCACUGAACAGCACAGCCGUGACGAAGGGAGUGGAGGAGGAGGAGGAGAGCAACACCUCCACCAUCAUCAUCACCACUGUCAUCUCAACAGAGAACACGCCAGUGGCCUGCAGUGUGAACUUCUCCGAUCCCGAAGGCUACAUCGACUCCACUGACUACCCCCCCCUGCCGCUGUAUGCAUACCUGGAGUGCACCUACAACGUGGAGGUGUACACUGGAUACGGGCUCGAGCUGCAGGUGAAGAGUGUGAACCUCUCUGAAGGGGAGCAGCUGUCUAUCAGGGGAGUGGAUGAGGGUGGAGCUCUGCUUGAACUGGCCAAUGAGACACUACUGGUUGAGGGUCAGGUGAUCCGCAGUCCCACCAAUACCAUCUCUGUGUUCUUCCGCACCUUUCUGGAGGGAGGAAUGGGCACCUUUCAACUGCACUACCAGAUCUUCUUGCUGAGCUGCGCACUGCCCCGACGGCCUCACUACGGCGAGGUUGCUGUGAUGGAUCUGCACCCCGGGGGCACGGCACACUUCCACUGUCACCUGGGCUACCAGCUGCAGGGCGAGGGCACGCUCUCCUGCCUUAACGACUCCCGGCCACACUGGAGCAGCAAGGUGCCCAGCUGCAAGGCUCUGUGCGGGGGCACUGUGCGCAAUGCCUCCAUCGGCAGGGUCCUGUCCCCGAAUCACCCCGGGAACUACAGCAACAACCUGAACUGCAGCUGGAGUCUGGAGGCACCCGGAGUUCAGAAACUGCACCUGCACUUUGAGAGGCUGGCACUCGCUGGCAAGGGGGACAGGGUGCUGGUUUUGAGUGGGACAGGGGAGAACUCUACGGUUCUGUUUGACUCGGCGCACGGAGGACUGGUCCCGUUCGAGGGGGUGAUCAGCGAGGGGCAGUCCGUGCUCGUGCAGUUCACCUCGGACACCGAACACACCGCCACGGGCUUCAACAUCCGCUACGAAGCGUUCGAGCGGGGGCACUGCUAUGAGCCCUACCUCCAGAAUGGGAACUUCACCACCUCUGACCCCUCGUACAACGUGGGCACCAUCGUGGAGUUCACCUGUGAGGCGGGGCACUCCCUGGAGCAGGGGCCCCCCGUCAUCGAGUGUGUCAAUCUGAGGGACCCCUACUGGAACGACACCGAGCCUGUAUGUAAAGCUCUGUGUGGAGGGGAGCUCUCUGCCCCCAGCGGUCUCAUCCUGUCCCCAAACUGGCCCGACACCUACGGGGAGGGAGAGGACUGCAGCUGGAGGAUUCACGUGGGGGAGGAGCGCCGCAUCCUGCUCGACAUCCACCUCCUCAACCUCAGUAACAGUGACAUCAUGACGAUCUACGAUGGGGACGAGGUGACCACGCGCAUCCUGGGGCAGUACAUCGGGGGCACGAGCCCCUUCAAACUGUACUCCUCCACCCCCGACCUCACCGUGCAGUUCCACUCGGACCCCGCCGGCAUGGUGUUCGGAAAGGGAGAGGGCUUCAUCAUCAACUACAUGGAGGUGUCCCGGAACGACUCGUGCUCCGACCUGCCUGAGAUCCAGAACGGCUGGAAGACCACGUCGCACACGGAGCUGGUCCGCGGCGCCCGCAUCACCUACCAGUGCGACCCCGGCUACGACAUCGUGGGCAGCGAGACCCUCACCUGCCAGUGGGACCUGGUGUGGAGCAGCCAGCCACCCUUCUGUGAGAAGAUCAUGUACUGCAGUGACCCGGGGCAGGUGGAGCACUCCAGCCGCACCCUCUCGGACCCCAAGCUGCUCGUCGGCACCACCAUCCAGUACACCUGCACUCCCGGAUACAUCCUGGAGGGCGGCGCUAUGCUCACCUGCUACGGGCGAGAGACGGGCACCCCAGUGUGGACCUCACAGCUUCCUCGCUGCUCCUCGGAGGAGUCAGUGUCCUGUGAUAACCCGGGCCUCCCUGAGAAUGGGUACCAGAUCCUGUACAAGCACCUCUACCUGCCGGGGGAGUCUCUCACCUUCAUGUGCUACGAAGGCUUUGAGCUGAUUGGAGAAAUCACCAUCAAGUGUGUGCUGGGGCACCCGUCCUAUUGGAGCGGCCCACUGCCACUCUGCAGAGAGAACCAGGAGAGCUUUGAGCACACGCUGGAAGCUGAAGCCGCAGCGGAGUCCUCCCUGGAUGGAGGGAACAUGGCACUGGCGAUCUUCAUCCCCGUCCUCAUCCUCUCUGUGCUGCUAGGAGGAGCCUACGUCUACAUCACACGGUGUCGAUACCACUCCAACCUGCGACUGCCCCUGAUGUACACCCAUCCCUACAGCCAGAUCACCGUGGAGACGGAGUUCGACAACCCCAUCUAUGAGACAGGGGAUACGAGAGAGUACGAGGUUUCGAUAUGAGAGACCCCCCCCCCCCCCUCCGCCCCCACACCCCCCUCUCCCUGCCCCCCACCCCCCCGAAGAUAUUGUACAUAACAAAUCUAAACAAGGACUGACUCUGGAUUCUGUGUGAUCCCCUGGACUGAUCCCUCUGUGAGGAGGCCACCUUGACCUGCUCCUCCUCUGUACCCACACCUGAGUGGAAGAGCCAUCGAAGGCUAUAUCUUGUGAACAGCCCGUCUAUUAAUAGAACUUAUUAUUUCAAUCCUUUCACCUUGUUUCAGGCAGGCAGACAGGUCUCUGGUUAGAGUUUGUGACAUCAAGAGAAGGUGAUAGAGACCCGGGAGAGAGGAGGGGCAGAGAGAGCAGACAGAGGCGAGGACUGAUCUCCUUUUAUACUUACAGAAAGACACAAAAAAGAGUUUUAAAAAACACUGGAACUGACUGGAAACCCAUUUACAGCAGACGGCAUUCAAUAUAGCAGCGAAGGACCAGCACCAUGUCCAUUGAGUGAGCGAGCAUCUAACAUCUAAAAAUGAACAUCUCUCUGAUAGAAGGGUCUGUCCAUUGAGGGGUUUCAGGCACAGCAGAAUAAAGGCUAUAGAGGGUUGCAUGUUUUACACAGGCAGCAAAAUUCAACAUGGGGGUCCCUGCACUACUGCGUCAGAAACCUGGAUGUUAUUCUUCAAGCCACUGCUUAUUAACAGGGGACCUUGAUAAACGCUAGGGACGGGCUUUUAGAAACGAGAUGAAUGGGGUAGCUGGUAGAAUAUAUUAAAACAUUCACUGGAAUUUCAAAUCAAAGGGCAACGUUUCUUUAUGUUUUCUGAAAGUAGCAAAAACUAUUUUAAUGUAAAUUAAAAAACGGAACAAUAAUUCAGUUGAUCAUUGAUUAUAAUGUUGUUUAUUGAUUUCGGUGGAAGGAUUUGUACGACUUCCACAAUGCUGGGUCUAGGAGCCAGCAUUGCGAUAAUCUCACAGAGAUCUCAAUGCUGUCUCCAGCCUGCCUGUGUGCCCCUCACUGAUUAGGGUGCUGAUACAGUGAGCUGGGAUACUGUUGAAACAUUCCUCAGCACUUUGUUCAUUUUGACAGGUUUGUACAGCAGCUUUUAGUAACAGUAUGUUGUAGUUCUGAUAACACAGUAUUAUAUUAAAACAAAGAAAUAUUAUUUUGAUGUAUGUGUUGCUUAUGCCUUGUAAUGUAAAUUUUCAUAAAAUGAACGUUACAGAUUUCCCUAAAUAAAUGGUAAAA